AUGCGUGAACAAAUGGUUUUGGAUGAAAAAACGAUCGGUGUCGAAUUAAGUGCCAGUAAAAAGCAAUUUAAAUGGCCCGUUCACGACACUGAUAAGAAAUCAAAAGAUCACGACGAAGACGAUGAUGAAAGCGAAGGUGAAACAUCCGCUCUACAAACAAUAUUUGUCGUUCACAGCGCUGUUCUCGGCGUUGAAGCAAAAGCUGAUCAACGAAAUUUGGUACAUUUAACAAUCAAAGAUGCCUCAGGCAACAAAACAAUUCUUGAUCAGCCAAUUCUCUCAUUAUCACUCAAUAGAAAUGAUUCAAUUACAGCAUUUAAUCUUCGAAUCUUAUUGACUGAGACAACUGAAGUAACUUUUAAAUUAGUUGAAGGUGAUGGUCCAGUACAUUUAAUUACAUCGAAAAUACUUGAACCUCCAUUUGAUUUUGGUGGUUAUUCAUCAGAUGAUGAUGAAGAUCAAUUUGAUGUUAUGAGUGGAACAAGUGAUGAAGAUAUUCAACAAAGUGCUGGUGACAGAAAAAAUCAAAUGAAUUCAACAGGAAAAGCAUCAAAAAAAGCCAAAAAGCAGCAACUAGGAUCGAAUAAUAGUAAUUCGAAUAAUAACAGUGCAUCUGAAUUUCAACAACAAAAGAAAAAACGAAAGAAAGAUGACUAA